CGAAUACCGAGCACCGGAUCCCGAAUUCCGCAAACCGGGAAUAACAUUCUCACCAUUAACAUCCAGAGCCGCCGCUUUCCGGUCUGGUCAGAAUAUCUGCUACGAGAAGCGACCGAUCUCUUGUUCAACGAUCGGAAAUCCGAGAGCACGCAAUGCCUCAAUGGUCGAGGCUGCCAUGCUUCACCAGCGGCUUUCCCUUGUUUGCGACAACUGCAAGUUGCGUAAAGUCAGAUGCUCCAAACCUCAACCACCGGAGACGGCGUGCAUAAAUUGUCGAAAAAGGGGCUAUAUAUGUGUCUUUAGUCCAUUAAGGAGGAAGUUCAAGCAUCCAGUAUCUGGGUCGCAAUUAAAAAAUGGCACUGAUAACCCUUCUGUCGACCGGCCGGACCAAGCAGUGGUUUCGUCUUCGUCUACUAGAGACUCGUCGCCAGUACUGAGCCCUCCAAGUUCAGUAGAAAAUGCGACUAUUUCUCUCCUCUAUGUCGAUCAACUACUCCAUACACGACAAUCUACAGGCAGGACACAAAAUUCAUCAUGGCUUUUGGGAGCGAACGAGAAUUAUCUUGCUACCUCUAGUAUGAGCUUUUUUUCAGAAACACGGCUCAAGACUCUAUCCAAUCUCAUAGGAAAUAAUGCAGUCGAAGUAUUGAUCAAAUACAUAUCUGACAUGGUGAAAUCGCGACUGGAUGGGCUUCAUCGCAGCUUAGGGCCCUCCAGUAUUUGGAAACGAUAUGAGGAAAGACCCAGGGUUUCGACAGAAAAAGCUAGACUCUUUAUUCAGGUGUAUUUCGAACAAGUCCAUCCUCUACAUCCAUUCCUGGACCGAGUAGAAUUCGAACAUAGAGCAUUUAAUCCAGAUCACAGACAUGAUAUCAUUUCCAAUACUUCAUGGGAGGCUCUAUACUACACAGUUCUCGCCUUAGGAUGCAAGUUCCAAGGUGGUGGCUCGUUCGACCCCGGUUGUGGAGAAGCCUGGAAAUUAUUUCGAGUUGCUCUUGAACUAUUUCCGAGGAUAAUGCUGCUGAAUACAGGCCUUGCAGAAGUCCAGGCGCUCACGGCGAUGGCUAUAUUCUCUCUAAAUCUUUCAUGCCUCCAGAUUCAAGGAAAAGUUAUAGCUGAGGCAGCACGAGCAGCUCAAAGAGCUGGAUUGAGCAAAACUACUACGAGUGUAGACGCGGAUGCGCGUUCUCGAGCAUUUUGGGUCGUAUACUAUAUUGAGAAAACCGUCUCAUUUAAUCAUGGCACCACAUCUUUGAUAUUGGAUUGCGACAUUGGUUCUCCAAUCCCCUCAAUACCAGAGGCGAUAUUCAAAGGGUUUGAUUGGUUUCUAGCUUCGAUUCGAAUUGCUAGACUUUAUUCAUUAACCUUUACCGAGUUGUUUUCUAUCAGUGCGACAACCAACUCGGUUCCGACCUAUUUGUCCAAAAUUACCAAAAUUGAACAACUUUUGGAAAAUCAGCGACAAGCCAUUCCCAUUGAAUUCCGACCAGGCGAGAAGCUCCAGAUCGAUGUUCUCCAAAACUAUUGCGAGGUCAUAGCUGCCCUUCGUAUUCACUAUCACUAUCACGAACUUCGAAUAGCCUUGUGCAGAUUAAGGGUUCACAUCAUCGGAGACCAAAGCUCCCCACAAUCCUUCGCUUCAAGAGAUAUGAUGGAAUCCGCCCGAGCAGUUAUUGAGCUGACUAGAACAAUCUAUAUUGAACCAUUUAUACCACUUCAUAUUCUUGUCUUCAUGCCUUUGUCGGCCUUGUUUGUUUUAUUCGAUCUUAUUAUACAUAACCCGACUCAUAAAGAGACCCAGGGAAAUCUUGCUUUACUAGAAAGUGCUGCAGGAUAUUUCAGUUCGCUUGAGUAUGCGACGAAAGGUAGCUUUCCAAGCUCUAUGCUUGCUAAAUUCGCCUAUAUAAGUCGCUCAUUCGUCGACAAUUCGAUAAUCGGUGGACAAAAUGACGAUGGGGUUGGCUUUCAAGAACCUACAUUGUCACACCCAGAUUCAUUACCAAACCCUGAAAUAUCUGAUAGUCCAAAUCCUCUAGAACGCACAGAAACGGAGUUUUUUGAGCCUUUAAGCUUUCCAAUGGACAUGGGUGGUUCUGUUGACAAUAUGAUAUUUCCUGGGUUGGAGGUGCGAGAUCUCUUUGGGGCUCCAGUGCCGGAUUUUCAUUUGAUUUUUCGAUAAUAUGUUUCCAGACGUCGUUGUGCAACACAAAACACGUUUUGGAUAAUUUUGUAGUCUAUUUUUACAGUGCAUUAUUGAUAAAUCGAUCAGUAUAUCUGAAAGUGCGUAAAUUCAGGUUUCCUGGUAUCGAGGAACAAGGACUUGUAUGAGUAUGAUGUACACUGGUAUGGAACAUCCAUAGUGGCAUUUCUUUAUACCUAUUUUACACCAAUUACAACUGUAAAUUUAUGAAGGAAAAGAAACUUAUUUUACUAAAUGUCAUGUUAGG